AUGUCGAAGCUGGUGCAAAUGGAAAAUAAGCUGAUGAGUCGUUUGCAAGUUAUUGCCAAGGACAUGCAGCAAAAGCUAAAUAUGAUAAGGCUCUUCCAGCAAAUGUUGAAGCGUUCACCCGAGGACAGUUACGAAAAGCACGAGGAAUUUGUGGCAAAUCCGCUAAACGCAUUCGCACUACUUCGAAGGUUGCAGCAGGAUUGGCCCAAGUGGCUGAUGUAUCUGAAGACUCAACCCGAAAUAGAAGAGAUGCAGCAGGAGAUGCAGAAGGCGCCAAGCGAGAAAGAUUUGCAGACAGCAAUAAAAGGCUUGCUGCGCAUUGAGAGAGUCUAUGAUCUAGAGUCAUCGCACAUGGCCAAGGGCCUGUUACUAGGCAAACAAUACGACUCAUUUCUCACUUCGCCCGACUGCGAAGCCUUGGCGGACAAUCUCUUUAAUCGCACCGAGUAUUCGAGAUCUACGCACUGGUACCGCACUGCAAUACGCCUGUACAAAAAGCCAUAUGGAAAACUGUACAAUCGUGUGCUGGGCUUAAAGCGCAAGGGACUCAACAGAAAGUAUGCCCAGGCAAUUGUCUACGAUCGUAAGCAAUUCGAAUAG